AUCAUGACUAGCACUGCCAGUGGUUCGGGCAAGAUCAAUAUCGAUAUCAGCUUAUCAUUUACUUAUGAGAAUAAGCCUCUUCAAGCAAAUCAAUACCGACUUCUCAAACUUCUUGAAACCAGCACCGAGGACGAAAUAUAUGUUUCACUUUCAAUCUGCUCUUUGGAUUUUGAGCAACGAGACUCUUCUUACUAUGCUCUUUCCUAUACCUGGGGGCAUCCUUAUAACGAAAAGGAGGACCAAUCCAAAUCAACAUCUAACGGAAACCCACCAACUAUUAUUUAUGGCGAAACGCGAGUAGAGAUUAGGAGGAACUUAUUUAAAGCCUUAUUACAACUCACAGCAAAACGAUAUUUUAUAUAUCUCUAGAUCAAUGCAAUUUAUAUCGAUCAGACAGAUAAAGUUAAAAGGACCCAACAAAUUAGAUUAAUGGCUGAGAUCUACUCGAAGGCUAAGGAGGUUUUCAUCUGGCUAGGUCAAGGAGAUGACGAAUCUGAACUGGCAAUCGCUCUACUCAAUAAGUAUGGGGUACUCCGCUUGUAUUCUCUUGGGCAGGACUAACACAUACCCUUCAAUGACCGAAAGUU